AUGCUACGAGCUAUGGUCAAACGUGCUUUGAAGAGGGACGAUGAUACCGUGCUUAUUACAAAGACCCUACUGCGUCUGAAUCAAAAGGAAUCAUCAAAAUCUCGUUCCAAUCUUGUUGAUGAUGAAGCUUUGGAAUGGUUGAAACCUAGAACUCUGUUGAAACCAGACGAACAAGAGGAUGUUCCAGAGGCUGAACUAGACGAAGAAGUAGGACGUUUUUUAACAACAAUAAACCCGCAAUGGGUGGCAGAUGAAGUUGCAUACCAUUAUGGACAAGGAAAAUUUGUAAAGAAACCGAAACCGUCUUUCGGCAAAGCAUAUCCUCUUUACAUAUACCAAGGGACGGCUAUAAGGAAGGAUUCAGAGGAAGCGAAAGCACAAAUCGCUGCGGGAUACGGCAUGGUCGGAUUUGACGACGCUGGGCCAAAGAAAGUUAAGGUUAAGAAAUCAGCGGCUGAAGAAGAAGAGGAGGAGGAACCAGAACCCGAGGCUCCGCCACCCGAAGAAGCUAAACAUGAAGAGGAAGUACUUGAGGAGGAGAAACCAGUAGAAACGGUAGAAGAACAAGAAGCACAUCCAGUAGAAGAAGAGCAUGAAGAGGCAGCAGAAGCAGAAGAAGUUAUAGAAGAAGCAGCGCCAGAAGAACACGUGGAGGGCCACGAAGAAGAAGUCAUAGCGAUCAAACCGAGGGUCAAGAAACUCGCGAAUCAGUUUAAUUUCUGUGAAAGGGCUGCACUCACUUAUAAUUUACCGCGAAGGUCCGUCGAAACGCAAACUGUCCCACCUCCUCGUGCAACAUACGGCGCUACAGUACUCCAGUGCAUUAUCUUUGACUUCUACCAAGAAGACUAUGCGAGGAAACAGAGAGAGAAAGAAGAGGAGAAACCAAAAAGAUUGCGUAAAAAAGCAAGAAAACACGCGAAAUCCGCACAACAAAUCCACGAUGAACAACUCGCACAGAGGAUCAGAGAAGCUUGGACGAUACUCGAGAGAUUGGUUAAUCAAAAUAUUUAUGACGACAUUGCCCAAGACUAUCGCUAUUGGGAUGAUCCUUCGGACGAGUUCAGGGAAGGUAUGGGAUCUUUGCUGCCCCUGUGGAAGUUCCAAUUCGAACCUAUGAGGAGUCACGCUGUCUGCGACGUACAAUGGAACCCUCACUAUCAGGACCUGUUCGCUGUAGCAUACGGAUCCUUGGACUUCACCCAGCAACAAAAGCAGGGAUGUCUCUGCCUCUACAGCAUCAAGAACCCAGCCUAUCCCGAGUACGCAGUAAUUACUGAAUCACCGGUUAUUUGCCUCGACGUCUUCAAGGAAACACCAUAUCUUAUUUGCGUCGGUCUUUACGACGGGAACGUAUGCGUGUAUAACGCCCAACUCACGCUUGAAUCCUCGUAUCAGUAUAAAUCGGAUUCAGUGAGAGACAAACACAGUAAUAUUGUUUGGGAGAUUCGUUGGGGAGCUCGUCUGAUAGACGGUGAGGCGUCAUUCUUCUCUAUAUCCGGAGACGGUCGAGUGGUCCAGUGGGCGGUGAUGCCGGGCGAAUUACAGGCUACCACCAUCAUUACACUCAGAACAGACCUACCACCACUUCCGGGACCUGAUGGGACCUUACUCACCGUCAAUAGUUGCGGCAGCUGCAUAUGUUUCCACCCGGAGAAGGCGGAUAUAUUCAUGGUUGGUACAGAGGACGGUAUGAUAUACACGUGCUCGCUCAAAUACAACAGGAACUACGUGCGUUCGGUACAAGGACACCACAUGCCGGUUUACAGAAUACAUUACAAUUACUUCAACAACAGCAUAUACGCCUCGUGUUCCGGGGAUUGGAGGGUGAAGAUAUGGGAGGACGGGCGGGACGAGCCCCUGUUCAUGUUCGAGCUUGGCUCGCCGGUGGGUGACGUGAAGUGGGCUCCGUACUCCAGCACUGUGUUCGCGGCCUGUACGGCUGACGGAAAGGUUUACGUUUUCGAUCUCAAUGUUAACAAAUACCGCCCUAUCUGCGUCCAAGCUGUUGUGUCAAAGAAAACAAAGAAACUCACAAGAAUCGACUUCAACCCAAUUUUGCCGAUCGUGGUGUGUGGAGACACUAAAGGUACCUGUCACGUUGUAAAGCUAUCACCAAAUUUACGUGUCAUGUGUAAACCACCGAAAAAGGCGCAGGGCAUAGAACAAAGGACUUUACAGAUAAUGAAAUUAGACAAACUUUUGAGUUUAGUCCGGGACCCACCAUUCCAGACAGGGGUAGUCGAUGAAAAGUUUGAAGAUGAUUGA